GCGGUCUAUGGAGAAUCGAAAGAGGGACCAAGAAACGGCGACAGUGAGAGACACACAGGCCCCCCCGGUGACACCCGCGUAAAACGGCAUAAGAGUGAGAGAAAAAGACACUGGACAGAGACGGGAGGGAGGUAUUUUCGGAGGAGUGACAAGAGGGGGCAGACAGGGUGGUACACUAGAGUCUGAUUCCAGGAAGUAUAAGCCGGUCAGGUGGGACAAGACAAGACAACACAGGUGAACCGCUCUGACAAACCGGCGCACAGGUCUUUCUUGCAGCUUGCAGACGCAGGAGGGCCAGUUGUCUGUUCGCUGACGGGAGCGGAGGCAGAGGAAGGGGGAGCAGGAGCAGGGAAUCAUCAUCUCUUGGGUUUAUGGACUGGAGCAGGUGGCGAUGUCUCCAGGAGAGGACGGUCUGAUCGGGAUCCCCUUCCCGGAGCACAGCAGCGAGCUCCUGUCUUGCCUGAAUGCCCAGCGGCGGGCGGGGCUGCUGUGUGACCUCACGCUGACCUCCCGGGGCACCCGCUACCUGACGCACCGCUCGGUCAUGGCCGCCGUGAGCAUCUACUUCCGCAGGCUGUUCGGGGCGGAGGAGGGGGAGGGCGGGGACUUUGGGGCCGGGAGGCGCUGCAGCGUCCAGCUGGACUGCGUGGCGCCCGACGCCCUGGACGCCCUGCUGGAGUUCGCCUACACCGCCACCCUCACCAUCCGCAGCUCGGGCAUGCGGGAGGUGCUGAAGGCCGCCCAGCUGCUGGGCAUCCAGUGCGUGGCCGACGCCUGCCGGGACAUCCUGGGCGAGAGGGACCAGGGCGAGGACCACGCCGAGGAGGCCGAGCGGGUGUCCCGCCGCAAGAAGGACAGGAGGCACGUCUCCAAGUCCAGAUCGCCGCCGCACCCCCCGUCUCCGCCCCCCUCCUCCCCUCCGCCGGACCAUCGCCAGCCCGUGGCACCCGCGCCCCCGCACCCCGAUUACGAGGAGCACUCCCCCCUGGCGGGCCAGAACGGCGACCAGCCCGGCGACGGCAGAGUGGCGGCUCCGGCGGCCAAUGGGGGUGUGCGCUGGCCCCGGGAGGAAAGCCUUUCGGCCCCUCCCCCCGAAGAUGGGAUUUCGGAGGAGGAGGAGGAAAGGGGAGAGUACGGGGGCGGGGGGACCGCAGCUGCUCCCCUGGCCCCCGAGCGAGGGGGAGCGCUAGGCGGGGGCAGGAAGAGGAAGUCACAGACGCCUCAGCAGUGCCCCGUGUGUCAGAAGAUCAUCCACGGCGCCGGCAAGCUGCCCCGGCACAUGAGGACCCACACGGGCGAGAAGCCCUUUCAGUGCACAGCCUGCGGCGUCCGCUUCACCCGGAAUGACAAACUGAAGAUCCACAUGCGCAAGCACACGGGGGAGCGGCCGUAUCCGUGCCCCGACUGCCCCGCCCGAUUCCUGCAUUCCUACGACCUGAAGAACCACCGCUCCCUGCACAGCGGGGCCCGCCCCUUCGAGUGCCCGCUCUGCCACAAGGCCUUCGCCCGCGAGGACCACCUGCAGCGCCACCGCAAGGGCCACAGCUGCCUGGAGCUGCGCACCCGCCGCCCGCGCAGGGGGCCGGGGCCGGGGGAGGGGGCCGCGCCGGGGCCCCACCGCCUGUCGCCGCUCGUAGACCCCGCCUCUCUGCCACACUCCUCCUCGUUCUCUCACUCGCCCCCGCGGGCCAAUUCCUCAGGCCCCGUGCUGGUGUACCCGCACCACCCUGACAGCCCCUUCCACCCCAUGUCUCUCCUGGCCUCCAGCAGGCUGGCCUACGCGGGGCCCCUGUGGAGAGGCCUGGGGGUGCCCGCCGGCACAGCAGGGGAGGCUGUUGGGCCCCCCUCCCCAGUCGGCCCCCCACCCACGCAAGCGAGGUGGGAGGAGGAAGCGGAUGAGGAGGAGGAGGAAGAGGAGGAGGAGGAGUAAGGUAAAGGGAAGAUGUGGGUGUGUGAUGUGGCUCAGGUCUGAAUCCGUGUUGCAUAUCGGUGUCGCAGAUUGGUAGCUGCGUGCGUGCGUGCGUGCGUGCGUGCGUGCGUGCGUGCGUGCGUGCGUGCGUGCGUGUGUGUGUGAGUAUGAGCGCAUGCGUAGCGCCCAUUGUAACCCACCCUGCUCUCUCAGUAAGACUGGGAGCAUGACUCAGGUGACCAAACCUGCGUGACAAGCAUCUCAUUUUGGGGCACUUAUUAAAACCAAAAAAAAAAAAUUUAAAACGGGUUCUCUCAAUUAUUUUUGUUCUUUCGCAACUCUUGUUGCUUUAUUUUCAAAUUUAUUUUACUUCAAGUUCCAGUUUUAUUAUUUCAUCUUUUAUUUCGUUAUUUUAUUUUUCCUUCUGUAAAUUGAAUUUGCUGUACUGUAAUAUAUAUGAUCUAUAUAUAUAUAUAUAUAUAUAUAUAUAUAUAAUAUAUAUAUGAUGAACUGCAGAACUGAAAGUGCUUAAGUGCAGAAUUAUUUUGUUUAGAUGUUAAGGUACUGUACAUACAGUUAUGGAGGUGUUGGUGUGGGGUCCAUUUUGUUCACUAUGCAAUCUUAAAAGAGUGGAGAAUAAAUUGUAAAAUAAAGGGAGGGCAGGGGUGCAAAUCCAGUGAAGGGAACAUAGUUUAGAAACAUAUUUAAACACAGUAUGCUUUUUUUGUGGUACAGCUAUUGGGCGCCUUUAUGCGGUUGCUGAAGCCCUGGAGCCUUCUGCUUGGGUUGAAUGGUGCUGUGUGUUGACAGCUCGUAUACAUCAGAUUAAGGUCAGGUUAGGCAUUCUGGUUAUACCAGCGGUAACCAACCCUGUUCUUGGAGAUCUACUGUCUUGUAUGUUUUCACUCCAACCCUAACAAUGCCACAUCUCAUUUAACAGCUCUAGAUCUCAUUGAGCUGCUAUUUAGUAGUAUCGGGUGUGCUUGUUUGGGUUUGGGUUGAAAGGAAAACCUUCAGGAAGGUAGAUCUCCAGGAACAGGAUUGGUUACCAUGGGGUUAUACAAUGGGCUUCUGCCAGGUAUAUUUUUCUACCAUAUAUUUCUGCCACCUUGUGACAGAUAAGUAGAACUGCCUCUGAUCGGUCCAAAAUUAAUUUUCUGUCUCAUCCUUCUUUAUUUUGUUGCAGAUGGUACCAUCUCUGCAUUAAAACAUAAGUAUGCAAGGUUUUUCUCUCCCUCAACCACUUAGAUCAUUUGUAGCGAAUAGCGAAGUCACCCUUUGUGGUGUCAGAAGUAGUUUCUACAUUUCCAUCCUUUGAUGGGCACGUACCAAAGAUCAGAGUUCAGAGCGAAUAGUUCAGUUAUUUCAUUUUGAGGUCAGGAGUGGGGGAAAUGGUACACAUGGGAAUGUGUACGCAAGGGGUGCCAGCCAGCCCUUUCUGCCCUGAGUGCGCCUCAGUCUGUCGGGCUGUCCCAACUCCUCCACCGCUGCAGGUGAUGGCAGAAGAAUGGCAGUGCUUUAAGCUGGACCGGUCUUAAUUAGACAGUGGUGCUUAGAUAUUCAGUUGAAAAUGUCAGACCAAAAAAUGGGCGUUUAAUUGGUUGCUGAUGAGAAUUACAGUUUGUUUACUUUUGUGGGGGAGGGGAGUUGUAUCUUCCCAGACUCUCUCUCUCUCUCUCCCACUCUGUCUAAUACUGGUCUUCCAACUCACUCCAUGUUUUUGUUGUUUGCUUUAAAAAAAAAAAAAAAAAAAUCAAUGUAUUUAUUUAUUUAUUUUUAUUUAUUGCGGCUUUCCGGUUUGAAACUCUGGGAAUGUAUCCAGAAUUAAAAACAGCGCCUCUCUCAGCCUUGCACCAUUUACGCGCCGUCCCGUCACUGCCUGUUCCAUAAUUUAAGGAGAACCGCGAUAAAUUGGGCAAGGCGCUCAAAUUGAUAAAAUAAAGACCAAUCCCUCCCACGAGACCUCUGGUCUCCAGAACAGACAUACUGUGUGUUUAUAUGCAGUUUUUGCACAUCGCAUUCCACAUUAUACUCAAAGCACAUUUGUUUCUCUGGUAAUGGGGCUCUGAGGGGGAAAGAAGGAGGUCCCCCAGUCUAGGAAGAAGAGAAAUGUUUGGCCCUCUGCCUAAAUACUUAGAAAUUGUUAAAACUGAUUUUGUUAGUUCAUUUUACAUUGUUCAGCAACAAGUACUUGGAGAAGUUAGGAUUAUGUAUGAAAGCAAUAUGAAUGCACAUUCUUUAAAUGUCAUUUAUUUAAAUGAUAGUCGGCAUACAAUAGUUUUAAAGGGCCACUGUGUUCAUGGUUUUAUACACAUCAGAGAUCUGUGUUAGAUAAAUAAGCCAUUUUUUAGGUACAUCGGUUAACUUUUAUUGCCAGUUUUUUAUUUUAAGUCUUAUGACCAAUGUCUUAUUGAAGGCCACAGAGAAAACCUAUAGAAAUGCAUACGGUCUGGGGACUGUGGGUGUCCUUUUUGGGUGUAAUGCUUAACCUGUCAGGAGAUUGCCCAGUACUGAUUGCGUCAUCAUUGGUUGUGAUCAAUUAUGUCAGUAAUAACUGACAAAUCUGACAAUCAAGCCCAGUUUCUGUAGUUUACUGUACACCAACCUGUAAAGGAAAGGGAUUUUUUUUCUCUGGUUUAUUUGCACUAAAUUGAGAUCAUCAGUUUCGCUUCCUGCGGUUUUCAUUCCACUCCAUAACUGCACAGAAUCGUGUAUGAUUGUAAAAGGUAACUAUUCCUUUAUCUGUUAAGUUUAUUUACGGUAUGUGAAAUAUGUUUAUUCUUGCUAUUGCUUAGAUGUACAGUACUUGUUAUAAGAGCUGAUUUGGGUCAGGCUGCCUUGGACUUUUUGUGACUAUUCUCAGGAAAUCUUGAGCAAUGCACUAAAUGAUUAUGCAAGAUGUGUGGAGAGAUGUGUAUGUACGCAAAAGUGCUUGAAAGUGUGAACACCCUUCAUAUGAAUAGAUUCACAGUUGACAUCUACCAGCUGUCCGAGUUGGACGGCAAUUCAAACAGAGAAAUCAAUGCGCAUUCAAAUGAAUGCAUUCUCUGCAUUUUUGCUAAAACUGUACAAAUCAUUUUAAUUUGAAACCGACAUAAGGAAAAGUAGGUAAUGUCAAAUUUAUAUUGGCACACCGUUUAACAAGAAAUUUUAUUACACUCAAUAAUUGUGAAUGAAAGAAAGCUUCAAAUGAAGGGUGUUAAUGCUACCAACUACAAAAAUAAAACUGUAUGAGAUUUUUUAAGAAGCCAGCUGUGAAAUGAAUGUGUAUAAAGAAAAUGUGCUAUUUGCUUUGGCUAGGGUGAAGGGAUAGGGGUCAAGGUCUGUAAGACCCCCUUUCAGGGAUAAAUCCUCUUUUCUCUGUGUUUUUAGUGAAUCAUUCCUCAGUGGUGACUUUCAAAUCAUUUAUUUCUUAUAUGACAAAGAAAAUGAGUAAAUAAACAAAGCUAUCUAUUUACAA